CACAAAACAUGAUAACAUUUUAUUAUGCUCAAUAAAUAUUAUGAGAUCAAUAGUGCUAUAUUUUUAUAAUAAAUAUAUUUCGUACCAUUCUCUGUAAAUCCAAUCAUUCCUCCAAAAACUGAGAUUAAAAAAAAGGUUGCUUUUUGAUGCAAAUCUGCGGCCACCAACAAAUGCAGCCAUCAUCUCAUCACCAAACAAAAUGUUGCCAUCGUCUCCAAUUCCCCCAGCCCAGAGAAAUGCUGCUGCCGUCACGACGACGACGCAGGCGAAGAGGGACGACGGCGCGACGAGGAUGGUGAGGCCCGCGCUGGCGUGCUGCAAGCUCUACAUCUCCGAGGCCCGCAACGCGGGGGCGCUGCGCGCCAUCGAACACGCGGCGGCGGCGCUCCGCCCGGCGGCCGCCCUCGUCAACGCCUUCGCCGACGACGCCUACAACCGGGUCGGGUACACGCUCGUGUCCCCACUCGCGGGCGACGGCACCGGCGAGGCACCGCCGCUGCACCGCGCGGCGUUCCGCGUGGUCGCGGCCGCGCUCGAGGCCGUCGACUUGGGCGCGCACGCCGGCGCGCACCCGCGCCUCGGUGUCGUCGACCACGUUGCCUUCCACCCUCUCGCCGGCGCUCGCCUCGAGGACGUCGCCGCGCUCACCAGGGCCGUCGCGGCGGACAUCGGAGAAAAUCUUCAAGUGUCUACGUAUCUCUACGGCGCAGCUCACAAAGACGGCAGGACGCUGGCGUCCAUCAGGAGGCAGCUGGGCUACUUCACGCCGACCUCCCCCGGCGGCGACCAAUGGUGCGGCGCGCCGGACGCGCCGCUGCCGGUGGCCCCCGACGCCGGGCCGGUGACGCCGUCCAGGUCCAAGGGCGUGGUGGUGGUGGGCGCGACGGCGUGGGUGGACAACUACAACGUGCCCGUGCGCACGGCCGACGUCGGCGCGGCGAGGCGCAUCGCGCGCGCCGUCAGCGAGCGCGGCGGCGGGCUCGCGUCCGUGCAGGCCAUGGGGCUCGCGCACGGCGACGGCGCCGCCGAGGUCGCAUGCAACCUGCUCGACCCGGCCGCGGUGGGCGCGGACCAGGUGCAGGAGAGGGUGCGCCGGCUCGCCGCCGCGAUGGGAAUCGGCGUCGGCGAGGGGUACUUCACCGACUUGUCGCAGGAGAAGGUCGUCGAGCUGUACUUGCAGCAGGCGGCUCAAGCGGAGGCUGCUUCUCGGCAGUGACUGGUUGGUUGUUACUUGUUAGUGUGCAGUUCACGAAGGAAUCACAGCAGGGUCAUGAUGCAUCACAGUACUGAUUACCAGGAGUAGAAAAGCAGAAUUACGGAAUAACAAAAAACUAAUUUAGUUGUGGAUCUUCAAAAGUUCGUAAUAAUCUAGUAUCUAGCAAGCCAGCAGUUGUAGAAUGUUUCAGGCCUGUCUCUCUGGAGGCCUCUGAACAAUGCAGAAAGUUGAGCUGCCAACAGUAUGCACAAUCUAAGAUUGAAGAACAGUGGAAGCAUUGCAAUAGUAUUCAUAUUUUUCAUAGCAA